AUGUCCACCAUAGCUUCGCCCAGAGACCCCCAUUCCACCUUUCGGCGAACACCCUCCUCCCAGGCCGUUGUCACUCCCACCUCGUCCACACGCCCCAGCCUCGACAUCCCCCGGUCCGCAACCAGCUCUCCCAACCCGUCCGCACCCGCCUCUGCGCCCGCGCCCAGCAAGCGUAACAACCGUGCCGCCCUCCGCGAGUACUACAACCUCAAGAAGACACCCGCUGCCGCCACGCCUCCACUGCUCGAGGUCACCGACACCGACUCCGCCUCCCUGGCCGACGCCGCCGACUUCCUCCACUCAGACGUCCCAACAUCCGAGGUCGAUGCCGAUGGCUUCGACGCCGACGCCUACGUCAAGUCCAAGCUCAGGGACAGCAGCCUCGAGGAGCUGCUCAAGACCUACACGCGGGUCCUGGGCGAGAUACGGGCGCUCGACGCUGAGAAGAAAGCACUGGUCUACGACAACUACAGCAAGCUCAUCACCGCCACCGAGACAAUACGCAAGAUGCGCUCCAACAUGGACCCUCUGAACCCCAUGGCCGCCACCCUCGACCCAGCCAUCGCCCACAUCUACUCACAGGCAUCCUCCAUCAGGGACGCGCUGAGGGAGUCCGCCCCGAAGCCGAAAGACACCAAGGGCCAACAGGAGGCGCAGGCGAGGAAGAAGAGGGCCAGGGAGCUCGUCGCGGGGGUGUUGGACACGCCGGACAGGUUACGGGUACUGGCGCAAGAGGGCAGGGUCGAAGAAGCCAGGGAGGCGUGGACGCAGCCCAGGCAGCUGCUCCUCGCCUGGAAGCAGAAGGGGAUCGGGGGUGCUGAUGUUGAUGAAUGUCUGGCGGAGGGGGAUGCAGCCGUCAAGGGCGCGGAUUCGCCGUCGUAA